UAUGAAGGGAGAUCUAGAUAAAUAUUUAAGAUAAAAUUUUAAUAUAAAAGAACCAAAAGCUAUUAGAAUAUUAUAAGCCAUAGUUAAUGCAGUGAAUGAAAUAAAUCAAAAAGGUUUUAUUCAUAGAGAUAUUAAACCAGCUAAUAUUCUAUUAAGUGGAAACUAACCAAAAUUAGCUGAUUUUGGAUUUGCAGUACCAAUUUGGUAAGCAAGAAUUUAGUAAAAAAGUAUCAAUGUUGGCACACCUUUGUAUAUGUCACCAUAAGCAUUAGGAUAAUAGAAUUAUUCAGAAAAAGGAGAUGUUUGGGCUGUAGGAAUAUUAUAUUUUGAGAUGCUUUUUGGUAAAGCAUUUUUUAAUUUAAUAAGGUAAAACACCUUUUAAUGCUAAAUCAGAAUCAGCUUUAUUGACUAAUAUUUUGAGUUAAUAAUUAAUUAUACCCUUAACACCGUCAAUUUCUGAAUUAUCUAAAGAUUUUAUUAAAAAAUGUUUAUAAAUUGAUGAUAGCAAGAGAAUCAAUGUCAAAGCUAUGUUUGAACAUCGAAUUAUAUAAUCAAAUCAUUUUUGCAUUUUCUUAGAAUAACAUCCACUCUCAGAAAUUAAGACUAUUACUUUACCUUCUAAUAGAUCAAAUUUUUAAAAUAAUAAAAGAAGCUAAACAUAAAAUUCAAAAAGACACACUAAAAUAUAUUCUUCUGCUCUUUAGAAAUAUUUAUAUGAAUGCAAUGAAUAAAAUUUUAAUUAAUAAAAAAUAAUUUAAAGAUCAUCCAGUUAAAAUGAGAUAUUUUUAACACAUAAUCAAUAAAAUAAAUCUAAAAAUUCCUAUCCUGAAAAUAUAAAACAAAUUAAAAUGCUCUCAGAAUAUUAAUUAAAUAGUGAAUUUUUACCUAAUAAUCAAAUACUUUUGUUUUACAUAAACUAUUGUCGAUAUUUAUAUAAGUUUUCAUAAUAUUUAGAUAAUUCUAAAUUUUUUUCAAUAGAAACUAGGAAUAAGAUUAUAUUUAUAUUAUCAAAAUGUAUAGUAAUAAAAAUUUGUCAAAUAUCCAAGAUUUUGGACAAAGAAAAUAAUAAUUAUCCUUAGCUUUAGUAAAUUUCUAAAAAAUGCAAAUAAAAUGAAUCAUUUAUUAGUAUUUGCUCAGUAAUUUCUGAGUAUUAAAUAAAAUAUUUGAAACAUUUUUAUAAAAACUUGAGAUAAGCUAUAAAAAAUAGUAAAAUAAUUUCUUAAAAUAAGAUUUUUAGUAAGAUCCAAUAAUUGGUUCUUCUUGUAAUGAAAGUUUAAUUGAAAAUUACACCAUUUAUGAUAUAGCUUUACACUAUUUAAAUAUUGGUCUUAAUCAGUUAAAAUUAAAUUUUAUAUAAAUAACUGUUGAAAGACUAUCCUAUAAAACAGAGAAUGCAGAAGUAAGAAUUAUUUAAAUUUAGUUUUAAUAAUUAUUAUUUAUUGAUGAGGGAUUGAAAAAUUGCAAAGAGCUAAUCAUAAUGAAUUAGAAUUGUUAGUACAAUUAUUAAAAAUCAUAGUAGAAUAUACAAAAUGAUAAAAUUAAAGAAUAAAAAUUAGGUUUAAUUAAUUGUAAGAAACAAGAAAAUUAAAUUUAUAAUUACUUUUGA